AGGCAGGGGCAGGGGCAGGGGAGCCGCGGUGUGUCUGCAGCAUCCAGUUUUUGCGUCUCCGGCUCCAGCACGCCUCGCCUCUCUGUCCCCUCCCCUCUCCCUCCCUUGCGGGGGCACCACGGCGAGCCAACUCCGCGCACUUUGCCCCUUGUUGGCAGCGGAUAAAAGGGGUCUGAGGAAAUACGUGACACAGUCACCCACUCCAGCUCUAGUAUUUAAAUUCCCAGCCUGCGAAGAUCCCUCACAGCGGGUCGGGUCUGGACACAGAUCCAGCGCACACCGCGAGGGAAGCUUCCGACCGCAGCGCCGCGGAUCCCCGCGCAAAAGCGGGCUUGGGGACCGAAGUCUUCCCUGUGUCCGGGCUGUCCCGAACUCUGCUCCGCAGCCUCAGCGCUGGGAAAGUGAUCCCAGCUUCAGAGAGCCCAGAUGCCGGCCCAUUUGCUGCAAGAGGAGAUCUCUAGCUCCUACACUACCACCACCACCAUCACAGCGCCUCCCUCCAGGGUCCUGCAGAAUGGAGGAGGCAAGUUGGAGAAGACUUCCCCAUACUUGGAAGAAGACAUCCGCCCUGAAAUGAAAGAAGACCUCUAUGACCCGAGCUACCGGGAUAAGGAGGGCCCAAAGCCCAAGUUUCAGUAUGUUUGGAGAAACAUCAUCCUUAUGUCUCUGCUACACGUGGGAGCCCUGUAUGGGAUCCUACUGUUCCCCAGCUGCAAGAUCUACACCUACCUCUGGGUGGCUUUCUACUAUUUCACCAGUGCCCUUGGCGUAACGGCAGGAGCGCAUCGCCUGUGGAGCCACCGGACUUACAAAGCUCGGCUGCCCCUGCGUCUCUUCCUGAUCAUUGCCAACACGAUGGCCUUCCAGAAUGACAUUUUUGAAUGGGCCCGAGAUCACCGUGUCCACCACAAGUUUUCAGAAACAGAUGCUGAUCCCCACAAUGCCCGACGUGGCUUUUUCUUCUCUCACGUGGGUUGGCUGCUUGUGCGCAAACACCCAGCAGUCAAAGAGAAAGGUGCUUUGCUAGAGUUAUCUGACCUAAAAGCCGAGAAGCUGGUGAUGUUCCAGAGGAGGUACUACAAACCCGGUGUCGUGUUGCUGUGCUUCAUCCUGCCCACACUUGUGCCCUGGUAUUUCUGGGGUGAAACUUUUCCACACAGCUUAUUUGUCGCCACUUUGUUGCGUUACGCUCUUGUGCUCAAUGUCACUUGGCUGGUGAACAGUGCUGCCCACCUCUACGGAUAUCGUCCUUACGACAAGACCAUUAACCCCCGAGAGAAUAUCCUGGUUUCACUGGGAGCUGUGGGUGAGGGCUUCCACAACUACCACCACUCCUUUCCCUAUGACUACUCUGCCAGUGAGUACCGCUGGCACAUCAACUUUACCACAUUCUUCAUCGAUUGCAUGGCUGUCCUCGGUUUGGCUUAUGACCGGAAGAAAGUAUCCAAGGCUGCCAUCUUGGCCAAGAUUAAAAGAACUGGAGAUGAAACCUACAAGAGUGGCUGAGUUUUGGGUCCGUUAGGUUCCUUUUCCAAGAGCCAGCUGGGCAGAGGUUUAAUGUUCUGUUUAUUAACUACUGAAUAAUGCUACCAGGAUGCUAAAGGUGAUGACGUUAACCCAUUCCAGUACAGUAUUCUUUUAAAAUGCAAAAGUAUUGAAAGCCAACAACCCUGCCUUUGUGAUGCUAAGCUGAUAUUCUUAUUUCUUCUUGUAUCUUCUCUUUCUUCCAGCCCCAUCGUUCUUCUCUUUGCUUUGUUCCUAUCAUCUUCCUUUCUCUUCCCCGCUUGGUGCCUCCCAAGCAAGCAGCUGGCCAGUCGUUGGUGGGUAUCCAGCUUCCAAAGCUUAGAUUACCUUUUUAUAGUCCAAAACUAGUGGUCUUUGCCCCAGAUAACUCUUUCCUUGAGCUGUCCUGAGCAUCAAGGUAGGUGGCUCAAGCUAGAGAUACGACAAAAUCUUCUGGGAAGGCCCCUAUUAAUUAUCUUCAGCCCAGGCUUUUGCUAGAUGGAAUGGAGAAAUAACUUUAUUUGGCACGAAGCUUCUAAGGCAGGUAAAUUGUCAGGGGAGAGAGUUAGCAUGCAUGGUAUUAUUAAGUAAGGAUGGGGUGAGGUGGGAAACAAGGCAAGAAGCUCCUGCUGUGAUCAGACACACAGCUGCCUGCCUAUUGAGGACUUCAGGCCCCACCGCACAGCAUGCUUCCUUUCUCUCCUGACUCUGCGUAGGGAAUGGCCGUGGAGCUUGGCAAUGGUAGAACACAAAAGCAAAUCUCAAUGUCCCAAUAUAGCUUAGGCUGGGGAUAAAGAGGAAGCAUUUAGUUUGUAGGAAAAGUGCUCUCUGGUGGGGAAGGAUUUUUUUUUUUUUUCCUUUAAUAACAGGAAGAUUUCUUAUUUCCUAUAACAAGAAGUCUUGAGGUUGGUGUUUCCAGAAUUGGUGAAUCUAGCAGCUCGCAGAAUCAUCAAAAUUCUUUCAUCUUUCUGCUCUGCCAUCUUCAGGAUAUUGGUCAGCUGCUGUCAUAGCAAUAAGAUGGCUGCAGCAUUUCCAGACAUCCAAAAAAGGAAUGCCUUGGUGGGAAGAGUGGUGAGCAUAGCUGCCUUCCAAAAAAGGAAGGAUUUUAGGAGGUGGAGUUGUGUCAAAUUUAAAAAUAUAUAUACAUAUAUACUUUGCUUGGAAUAUUAAAAUAUUUCACUUAGAGUAUUUCCCUCUGAAAAGGAGGUGCUUGAGGAAGAGGAGGAAUUAGAUGGAUUGUUUACUUUCCCCUCACUGCUGGACAGGAGAUGGAGAGGUUGAGGGACAGGGUCUGUAGGCAGUUCCUAAGAGAUAACUUUACAAAAGAAGGGCUCUGAGAACACAUUGCCAGGGGAUUCAGAGGUUACUGAGUAAGCUAUUGGGUGUCCUAAUAUGGAAGCUGGUUACACAAACAAGUUAGAUGUUAAGUUCAUUCAUUCCAAUUUCUGCUGGGAAUGAGUAAAAACCAGAAGGCUCCUUCUCCGUGUCAAACCCCUUCACUCAUUCCUUCUCUGUUAGCAUCUAGUCUAAAGUAUAGGACUGCCUGCGGGGGUGAGGUAGGAAUCUCUUCACUACCCUGAUUAUUGAUUCCUGGCUCUACCCUAUCUGUCUAUUUUCUCCUACCGGUUCUAUCUCCUCCCUGGUGUUUUCUUCUUUCUCUGGACAGGCAGCCUCCUUUGUGUGUAUUCAGAGGCAGUGAUGGCUACUGCCAUCGUCCAGGCAACUCCCUCUCCUGCAGACAGAAUGCUCAGGGUCAUUGAACCACUGUUUCUCUUUAUAAAGUUGAGCUAGCUGCCACUUUCACUUGGCCUCCAGAGUCUCUCCACCUACACCCCUGUGCUCCCCAGGCACACUGAUGACUCAAGACAAGGCUGGCAAAGCCUACUGGAAACAUCCCUGGCACAGGUGCUCUCACUUGUGAGGCACAGCCAAGCCAAAUGCUUGCGUUGUGCUGCUGAGCCGGCCACAGAGCAAAAGAUUUGUUUUUGAUCUCCUUUGCCUGAGUCAGAACUAGAGAGCAUGCUGGAUGCCCUCUGCUUACUCACUCAGCCUGCCCAGCCUGAGUCAGUGCUCCCAACUGACAGUGCAAUGCUUGUAGAAGUAGGAGGGAGCCAAGUCUUUACUGGGAAGCACAAGAAGCAAAGGCAGGUCCCAAAGUGCCUCAUGCGGAAGGAGGCCCCGUUCCCUGGAGCCAGGGUACACUGCAGAGCUUUGGCUGUGACUUAGGAUCUGAGAUGCCAUGAACUUUGCUGAACAGCAUCUCUGUUUAGUAAACUAACCAGCAUUCCCUACCACACAGCCUAGGGCAGACAAUAGUGUAGAAGAGGUAUGAAAAAAGACAACAUCAGUGUUUUGAGAACCUUGGACCACUCCUGUCCCUGUACCUCAGUCAUCAGGGUGGAAGCCUGGCUUUACUCUAUUCAGACUGGAAAUGCACAAUACCAAAUGCUCUGUCCACUGUUGAGCCCCAGUGGUGGAAGGGGGGGUGGCCUUUCUUCCUGUAUUAAUUGAAUAGAGGCUACAGGGGUUAGGUUGCACUAAAGGCAUGCUUGUCUUCUGAGCUGUUGCUCUCAGUAGAAAAGAAUCCAGUGGAAGAGCUCUGUAGUUUAGAUCUGUUGACCUGUGUACCUACCCCUUGGACAUGCCUGUCAGGUAGUUUUAAUUCCACAGGUCAUCAGAUACCUGCUUUAUAAAUUAUGAGCAAAAACGACUUUAUCUUUCUAUUCUAAUCGUCUUCCAUGGAUCUGAUCCAUACCAUGACCCUACACUGGAUGGGGUCGGCAGGCUGAGGGCCCCAGGGUUUGUGUGGAUGUGUAGGUAGGGGCAUGUCUGCUGAGUAGGGAACACUCUUCAAGAUUCCAAAGCCAAAUUCAAUUGAUACACUAAUGAUCCAGAAACUCAGAUCUGAUAAGUCAGAAUUUCUAACAGUCCUUGCUUUGUGGAUAUGCUGACAACUUAUGUGGGUGCCUUUCAUCUUUCCGAAUUGGUGUUGCCUAUGAGCCUGCUCUUGCUCCCUCUGUGGAGCUCCUUUGCACCUGAGAGCCUACAGAAGUGGGUGGUAGAAACGGGGCCCUGGCUGGAGAAUUAUCAGUAUAGCUAUUUGCUGGAGUCUCUUCUGGGCUUCAUUUUGGAAACUUAGGGCUGUUUUUAUUAAGUGCCCACAUUUGAUUGAGGGUGGAAAUAAUUUGAAUGUAUUUGAUUUAUAAUUUUUUAGAUUAAAAACUGGUUGUAGCAUUUUAAGUGGAAUCUUUUUCUCCUUGGUUUGCUAGUAUCCUGAGUGUAUUCUCUGUAAGUGUAGCUCAAAUGGGUCAGCAUGAAAGGUUAAAGAAAGCAAGAUGUCAAUGUUACGUGGGUGGUUAAGGCCAGGGCCUCUCCUACCACUGUGCCACUGACUUGCUAUGUGACCCUGGGCAAGUCACUUAACUAUAAUGUGCCUCGGUUUUCCUUCUGUUAAAAUGGGAAUAAUAAUACUGACCUACCUCAAAGGGCAGUUUUGAGGCAUGACUAAUGCUUUUUAUAAAGCAUUUUGGGAUUCUUCAGCAGAGGAAUUCUCUUAAGUCCUGAGUAUUUUUAUAGAAGCAGUAUCCACCACGAGCUUGUGUCCACCGUGAACCAUGUGUCUUGGAUGCUAUCAUUAAUCUAUAUGGUUCUCUCUGAGAGAUUGAGGAAAUCCAUUGGAUAAGUGGUGGAUAACCAGCCAGACAAAAUUCAAGAAUGUGUAAACUCUUUGUCACGGAAGCUUACACAGGAUACUUUUUCCUUGAUUGGGUGGGAUUUUUCCCUUUUUAUGUGGGAUAGUAGUUAUUUGUGACCUAAGAAUAAUUUUGGAAUAAUUUCUAUUAAUAUCAACUCUGAAGCUAGUUAUACUGAUCUGAGAUUGUGUUUGUUCAUAAUAAAAGUGAAGUGAAUCUGA